AUGAAAAAUUUGGUACACACAAUAUCGCACGCGUUACCAGCACGGCAAGCUACGAGGACUAAUAAAGAGUACAAUCAGCUUGCUGCCGAUUAUGAUCAUUUAGCACUCUCACUGCAGGAAACGCAUAGCGAGCUGCAACAAACUGACAGUGAACUUCAGCAAGCCUAUGGCGAACUACACCGGGCUAAUAGUGAGGUGCGUCAACACAAAGACUCGCUACACCACUAUGAAGCCGAACUCUACGCUUCUCAAUGUGAAGUAUUACGGUUACAAGACAAGGAGCGAAGCAUGCGGGAUUUUCUUAUCGAAAAUAGCCAUAACAAAAUUAUUAGUGAUAGAGACGUGCGCGAGAAAUUUACUCAACUCCGCCAGCGCAUACAGUGGCUUGCUUCAAAUAAGGCCUAUAAUAUAGAAGAGUUCCAUAACCUAAAACUAAACGAAAGUUGGUUCGAGCCCAGAUAUAUCGAAGCUUUAUGGGGAGAAUCACCAAAGCCAGGCCGAUUGGUUAUCUUGCGGAGCCUCAUGUUCCAUUUUCUAAAUGUUAAUAUUCUCGACAAACUGCUUUUCGAUAUCAACGACGCAAAUGGAAGCCCAAGCCUAGCAGGUGUUGGCAGCUCUAUUCCAAGUCUAGGCCAAGCAUUUAGCCUCUUCGAGCGCGUUAUUAGCGAUCGUGGCGUUAAUCACGAUAUGUUGGUCAACUGGAGAUUAUCUACAUUCAAAUGUAUCGAGGCUGCUGGCCUAGGUGGAACUGACGCGGACUUUGGUGUCAUUGACGGAGAUGCUAUGUUUGAUUGCUUCCAGCGAUUCAUUUCUGAGAAGGCGACGGUACAACAGAUUGAGAGGCUGAGAAACGCUUAUCGAGAGCUUUGCAAAGAGGCAUGGACUCUCCGACUCUUAAUGCGCAAUUCACUAGAGCCUUUUGAAUGCUACGUUUCUCGAGGAUAUCAACUCGGGGGGUUAGAAGCUCUAUAUGAAGUAAUUGGAGAGAUAUCUCACGUUUCGGGCAUGACAGGGGAAUUUGCGUUCCCAAUAUUUGGAGCCCUUAUUAAACACGCCAAGAUUCAUGGCGAGGGCUUUAAGAUAUUGGAAAAGGCUCAGUGUAUCAUGGCAGUACCCUCUACAUGA